AUGGAGGACGCUAAGGGUGUCUAUACUGUUAAAAGCUGCUAUAAGGCUCUCGCCGCUAAUUCCCAGUUGGCCGUCAUACCUUUCUGGACAAAGGCUUGGAAAUUCAUGUUGCCACCGAAAAUAAAAACAUUCUUCUGGCAGCUUUGCUCAGACUCUCUGCCUACUCAUGAUCGGUUAAGAUCUAGACAUAUUAAUGUUCCGGACCACUGUCAAAUUUAUUAUCAUUCUCCAACAACUUUUCUCGAAUGGCUGGAGCAUAUCUUUACCACCAAAACUAACAAUGCAGUCUGCAAGAUCAUUACUAUCUGCUGGAAAAUCUGGGAUGCCAGAAAUGAAAAGAUUUGGAAUAGCACUAUCCUCCCAGCCCCUUUUAUCUGUCACUAUGCAUUAAACUUUUUGUUUGAGUGGUCAUCUGUUCACACUACUGCUAAUCCCAUUGACAGGUUGCAUGCAGCCACUACUUGGUCCAAGCCCCCACAUGGGUUGCUUAAACUUAAUACUGAUGCUGCUAUCGAUCAAAGUAACCACAACAUGGGUUUCGGCUUUGUUCUUCGCAAUUCCGAGGGUUGUUUCAUCGCUGCUUGCCGCCUUCCAUGGAAUGGAGUUUAUCGCCCUGAUGAAGCAGAAGCGAUCAGUAUCCGAGAGGCAUUGAAGUGGACUAAGAGCCUGCAGUUUGAUAAUAUACAAGUGGAGAGUGAUUGCCAACUUGUUGUUAAUGGCAUUCUUCAUGAUUUUGAUUUAGCUUCCUCUCUCCAACUUAUUUUUGAUGACAUUAGAAAAAUAGCUUCUAGUUAUGUUAACUUAAGCUUUUUGUUUGCUAAACGAUCUGCGAAUAGGGUUGCCAUUGCUUAG